CGUUUGCUGAAGGUUUUAUGACGUUAUUGUUGUGUCAAACCGAGUGAGUGAAGGGAGUGAUAAGUCACAUCGUUAGAGACUGGGUUUGUCUGAGUGAAUGAAUAUACAUUACUUCGUCAAGAUACAUUCAUAAAGAAUCCAUGUAUUUGAGAUUUCUGAGUUCGUUUUACAUGUUAGUUAUUGUUUUGUUGUGUAAUGUGUUUCUUACGAGCUGAUAAAAUGGCGGCGGCAACUCUGUCUGAGUCAAUGGACUUCAGUCAGGCAGUGAGGGAGCAUCAGAGAGACAUUUUCACGGACGACUUGAAUUAAGUCUGAGGCCGGUAACAUCAACAGUGAGGACAAACCCAACCUGUCUCUCUCCUUCCACACUGAAUCCAAACCUACAGUCACUGGGUCCUGAUUGUGACAGUGGAGCCCAGUUUGCACUGCAGGGUCCAGAGAUGGCAUCAGUGAAGCUGGAAGACUGCAGUCAAACACUGGAGCUGAAUGUCAACAUUAAAGAUGAAGAAGAGGAGGAGAAGAUUGGAACAUCUGUUUCUCAUGGAGACCACGUUGAGACAUUCCCUGCAUCCAGACAACAACAGCAGGAAGAUUACAGAGCUAAGAGGUCUCACCACUGCCCACAUUGUGUGGAGAUUUUCCCAUUUCUAUCAAAGCUAAAAGCACACCUAAAAAUACACACAGGAGAGAAGCCUUACUCCUGCUCUGACUGUGGGGUGAGUUUCUCUCGACUGGAUACCUUAAAAACACACCAACGUAUACAUACAGGAGAGAAGCCUUACUACUGCUCUGACUGUGGGGAGAGAUUCUCUCAAAUGAGCAGCUUAAAAGCACACAAACAAGUACAUACUGGAGAGAAGCCUUACUCCUGCUCUGAUUGUGGGAGGUGUUUCUCCAGAUCAGAUACCUUGAAAUCACAUGAACGUAUACAUACAGGAGAGAAGCCUUACUCAUGCUCUGACUGUGGAAAAAGUUUCUCCCGAUUGGAUAAUUUAAAAUCACAUGAACGUGUACAUACAGGAGAGAAGCCAUAUUCCUGCUCUGACUGUGUAAAAUGCUUUAAAACAUCAACUGAGCUAAAAGUACACCAGAGAACACACACAGGAGAGAGGCGUUACUACUGCUCUGACUGUGCAAAAUGUUUUAAAACAUCAACUGAGCUAAAACUUCACCAGAGAACACAUACAGGAGAGAAGCCUUACUUCUGCUCUGACUGUGGAAAGAGUUUCUCUCGAUUGGAUACCUUAAAAACACAUGAACGUAUACAUACAGGAGAAAACCCUUACUCCUGCUCUGACUGUGUAAAAUGCUUCAAAACGUCAACUGAGCUAAAAGUUCAUCAGAAAACACACACAGGAGAGAAGCCUUAUUACUGCUCAGUCUGUGGAAAAUGUUUUAAAACAUCAAAUGAGCUAAAAGUUCACCAGAGAACACACACUGGAGAGAAGCCUUACGUCUGCUCUGGCUGUGGCAAAGGUUUCUCUCACCAGAGCAACUUAAAAACACACCAACGUAUACAUUAAGGAGAAAAGCCUCAUCAGUUCUCUGACCAGCUAAGAAUAAAGUCACUCCAUCACUUAAUUCUCAUCUCAUAAAAUAAGUUGUAACGUUGAAUUGGAUCAAAUGAAGAAAUGAAUGAAGAACACUGUAAUCCUAUAGAUUCUCACUGUGAGAGAACCCUGCAGAGGAAAGGGAGCGUUAUAUAAUUUUAGCCUCUCUUUACUUUACCAAUCAGUGUGCACCUUGUCAGUUUUAGUGUGUUUUGUUUUGUUAGCUUCUACUGUAAAGAUUUGCACUUGGUGUUGAAUACCCUCUGUUAUUCUUCUCAGGAUAUUAUAUGACUGGGCAGAGGCUCAGCCAUUGGUGGGACUUGGGAGGGCAUAGCCCCACUUGGGAGCCAGGCCCAGCCAAUCAGAAUGAGUUUUUCCCCACAAAAGGUCUUUAUUACAGACAGAAAUACUACUCAGCCCCCCUCAGACAAUCCUGCAGGUGAAGAGGUCCUGGGCUGCCAUGGUUACAUGUGAUCUGCAGUUGUGAGGCCGGUUGGAUGAACUGCCAAAUUCUCUAAAAGGACAUUAGAGGUGUCUUAUGGUAGAGAUAUAAAUAUUGAGUUCUCUGGCAACAGCUCUGGUGGACAUUCCUGCAGUUAUCAUGAGAAAUGCACAUUCCCUGAACUUGAGACAUCUGUGACAUUGUGUUUUUAUUGUCCCCAACACAAGGUACACCUGUGUAAUGAUCAUGCUGUUUUAUCAGCUUCUUGAUAAUCUAUACCUGACAGGUGUGGCAUAUCUUGACAAAGGCUAAAAUGCUCACUAACAGGGACAUAAACAAUUUUGUGGAACGUAACAUACUAAAUGGAGUGGCACGGAUGUUUUUGUAACAUAAAAUACAUCUUGCUCUGAGACCAGGUUGUCCAUCGGAAGGAGUUAGUAGACGCUUAAAAAAAUGUUUUAACCUUUAUUGAACUAGGCAAGUCAGUUAAGAACAAAUUCUUAUUUACAAUGAUGGCUUAGGAACAGUGGGUUAACUGCCUUGUUCAGAGGCAGAACAACAGAUUUUUACCUUGUCAGCUCGGGGAUUCUAUUUAGUAACCUUUUGGUUACUGACCCAAUGCUCUAACCACUAGUCUACCUUCCACCCCUGACAUGUAUCAGAUAGAGAUGGUGUGAUGAUCACUUUUCACCAUUAGUUUGGGGGGGAUUGGUUUACAACUUUAUUUAAUGAUACACAGUUUAUGAAAUGAAUACAUGUGUUUAUUAAUUGUCUUUAAAACUAGAUGAGUUAUUUUAGUUACUGAUCAUGAAUGUGUUUGGAUAACUGCAUUGAAGCAAACUUUAUUGAUCUGCCAAUGAGAAAUAAAGUUACAUGAAUAUGUACUGGUCAACCUC